AUGUUGAUUCAGCAGUGGAGGCAGCCUGGGGCUGUAAAACAAUCGAGGUUUUCCUUAUAUUGGAGCGUGCACCUUGAUGCGGUCUGGCAGCGGGGCGGUUGCCCGCGUUUGCAGGGGGGCGCUGUGCAGCCAUUCCUUCGCCUGUUUUAGGGGUGGUGUAGGCGGCGUGGUAUAUCUACCCGCCACCAUUUCUCCUUGGACGUGUUAUAUUGAAUAAUGUUGUGCUGCGCGUUUUGGAGACGAAGUUGGCGGGACUUGAGCAUGCACUGAACCGUGCGCGGGAGCGUGUGCUUGUGUGUAUGUCGGUGAGUGAGGGCCUGCUUCUGCCCAAGAAGGACGGGCUAAGGGGGAAGGAGAUUGAGGAGCAUCUAGCUUCUUUAGUUGGCGGUUGUUGUUGUGGCCAUCGUGAGUAGAUAUGUCUUGUCUUGGGAGCAUGGCUGCUUGGCGAGUUGAACGGUACACUGCACGGACCGGCAUGUGUCGUUUGUGGUCCUCAUUAUUUCGUUUGUUCCCGGCGAAAGUAUACGUAUCGAAACCAUACAGUUAGCUCCAGGGAUUCCGCGGUUUCCUUGACCCUGUAAGAAUGUUCGUCAAAGAGGACACGACGAAGAAGAGAAAACGCGUGCGGCACUUUGGCACGUCCGUCGUUGGCCGUUUUUCUGUGAACAAACAGGCGUUAUAGUACGCCGCUUUAUCGUUGUUGUGGUUGUUCGAUUUGUCGGGCUUGAUGAUGGCAGAUAUUGCGUCGAUGCCUAUCGUUGUCGUUUUUCCCGAAGUCCUUUUUCCUCAAGCAAGUGACCGAUGUACACAUCAUCGCUGCAUUCAUGGUGUCGUGCGUGCGGUGUCAAAUCUGGUUCUUGCUAGUGUUUUUAGUACUGCCUUACUCGUUCCUCUGUGGUUGUGUCUGCUGCUGCUGCUUGUCUCCUAGGUAGGAGGAUAGUUCGUGUACGUAUCAUAGCACUAUCUUUCCAUGUAUGUCUGAUUCAUUGGUCAAGACUCAAGAACGACCGUAGGGGAUAGGAGCGGGGCACCCAUCCACCCAUGGGGUGAAGGCGGAAGCCCCAACAACGAGGUUCGGGAAAUAUCUAAAGGAGUGGUGCUUGUCUUCACUCUGUCGUCGCCACUGAGGGAGAAGUGUCCGAUAUGUGCAUUGAGUCGAGGUCGAGGGUCUCAGAUGGAACCGAUACGAUGGGGUGGUGGUGUGGGUUGACGUCAUGCUCCCUCUCGUGUAUUCCGUGAAGCACCACAUAGGUAUCAUUGUAGAGCGGCGGGAGCUCGUCAACGGCUUUUCACCGGCUCUCGCCCGGCGAUAAGAGGUUGUCCCGUUGUGUGUAGUAGCCGCAGCCGUUUCUUCGGCUGAUUUCUGUAUACUUCUUGCAUGUCCACAGACGAUAGUGAGUGGUGUCAUAGCACCCUUGUCCCGAGAAGCUUUCUUGUGGGCCAGGACAGUGUUUUUUUUUUUUUUCUCCCAUCAUUGGACUCUGUCGUCUGCCCCUCUGGCCCCUAUCCUCCUCCGUCCACUUCUACUAGCUAGACGACCCAACCGGGGUCACAUAGGAGGGGGGGAUGGACCCCCUCCUGCGGUUCAUGCCUGAGGUAUUUUUAUCGCGAGAAGGGUACAGCAAUCCUUUCCCGUGAGGGGGGGGCUCGUGUGCUUGGUUGUUGAUCACGCGUCCAGCCGGAACACGCCAUCAUCAUCAUUUCCUUGCAGAGACGCUACAGGGGCGCGAGUGGUUCCCGCCACAAAGUUGUUGCUCUUCGGGUAGUUAGUGUUGCUCGGUUCGUGUUUAUUGGAUGGGUUGAAACUUAGGUUGGGUAUAAAUUUACCAGGUAGGUCGGGGAGGAAGAGUAUUAUAGCGGUGCAGAUUGGAGUAGUGGUGGCUACUAGAUUACGAAGUAUCUUAGCGGUAACGGGUAGCGUUGGUAGAGGUAGCGAUGUAGGGAGUUUGAUGAGAACAAUAGGGUGUUGUAGUGGCUGGAAUCGACAAGGUUUUAGAUGUGAAUAUGAUGCACGAUGUGUCCUCUGUCGCUGCUUCUUUGCGCGAAGUGAUCUUUUCCUUUUUCACAUUUUUCGACCUGUGGUGGAAGAUUCGUGAGCCAGAAGAAGAGAUUUUUAAAUAUUGAUGAAGAAAAAUGCAUUCCGCAUUUGUGUACGGCUUCCUCUUUUUUUCAGCUUUGAAAACCCCUGGGGGGGGCGGGGUCUCGGUAGGAGAUUUAGUUGCGAUGAUCCUGGUGGUUUUGACGUCAAAUCCGUCCUCCAAAUACAUAUUAUCCAAAUGUGUCCAGAGAGUUUGGCUUUGCUGAAGAAAAUAAAGCUUAAGGGAUGAACAGACAGACAGGAGAAGGACCUGGGCCGUUCAUCACACGCACGUAUGUGUGCGCUCUGCUUCAAUGGGCGGUACUCCCUUCAUUAGGAUACCGCUUUCUGCCAAGCGCUAGAUUUGCCCGGCCGAAUAUACAUGCCGAACACUCGGCAUUGUUACUGAGCAUGAUGAUUGUACUGAGCGUGAUGACAUCCCGUUUGUAUUGUGCUAAAACUCGAUGUCCUUACCGGCCUCGAACAGGGCGACCGGGCAUCCUUAACUUAUUAUGCGGCCUUGGACGGGGGGCGGGGACGCACGAUGCUAAUAUUUUGGGCGCAUGGUUUGAUCGGUGGAUUGGCGUACAAACGUUCAAGAGAAGUAACCAGAACGGGUUUACCCGGAUGGAUUAUCAAAAUUCAGGGUACACUUGGAAAUCAACACGAUACCAAUCUCCGACAGCUUCCGCCGUAGGUCGCAGCGAAACCAGUAAACAGCUGUGUCCUGUGCCUUGGAAGCAUGAUGCAUGAGGCAGGUCGUGCCCGUUUUAUCUCUCUGUGCUUCUCUCUCUCUCUCUCUCUCCGUGCUUUUACUGAUAAUCAGCGCCACACCGAAUGAACUCGCGCGUCAAGAGAGUCCGACCCUCUGUCGAGAGGGGCCGGUAUAAUAUGGAGACGGUGCCCAUCAACGAGCGUUCGUUGUUGAUGGUUUGUAUGAAUGUGCGGUACACGUUUUUUUCUACGGGUUUUCAUGCCAGAGCGUCGCGCGCCGGAAUGAUAUGCCCACUUCUGGGUACAAUAGUAACCAGUGUCGGUUACACUUCAAGGGUCGAGAUGCCAGCGCCCGUUGAACCCGAUGGAGGUUUCUCCAAAAGUGGGUACGAUGGUGUUUCGGCCAAUCAGCUGGCUGCAUGUGGGUGUGUAUGAAUAAAUAUGUUGAGUUCUAAGUGUACUCUACAAUGAAUGGUGAUGAACCGCCCGGCCGUUUCUGGUUAUUGGUCAACUUUCGACAGCAACAGGAUGCAGUUUCUUUCGCAAGCCGUUUGCGAUGCCUGCGAUGCGGCACGACGGACGGACGGACAGGGAUUUAUUCUCUUGUUUCAUCAAUGUCACUCUUCCCUUCUUCCCCUCGCUGCCUCAGCAAGGUUUUGCUCAUAGGCAUGGCCCAUAGCGAGGGGGGGGGGUCUUUCUAGCGAGCAGGGCUAGACUCACCCUCAAGGGACCGGUACCUUCUUGCUUCGGCGCACCCGCUGCGAGGCGUGCGUAGUGGUGGAGUUGGGUCGGCACUGGUGCGUCAGGUACAACGAAAGGCAGACGCGCGGGCCUCCAUGGCCGUCGGUUGGUGUCGGCAACAAUGCCCAUCUCAUCUUUGUGCGCGGAGGCAGACACCAUCAGAAAGGUGGACGGGCACUAUGUACACGGCCCUAGGUUUGCUAGAGGGAGCUGUACUGUCUCAGUAACCUGGUUUUGCCAUCAAAGGAGGAGAGGACAGGUGGUGACGAGCUGAUUGGGCUGAUUGACCCUUCGGCGCGAGAAUUUUCAGACCAAGAACCCUAAGUGCAACGAGGGAGAAAGUGAGGAACCGACUGGGAAGGACAG